ACUGUAAUUAUUAAUAAAUAAUCUUAUUGUGGUUAAGUUUGAUAAUAAAUGGAAUAUAAAAAUAGUAUUUCGUAAAGCAAUGUCAAUCAGUUGAGAAUCUUUGCGCCUUGUAUAGGUCCAAUUAUAAUUUAUUAUCAUGGUGGGAACUAAAUUAUUAUUGCUAGCACUGCAACUGCUACCACUGCUUGCAUUUGAGGUACCUAAGCCUACAGCUGAUUGCCCUAGACAAUAUGGUUACUUCCCAUCGCCUUCUAGCGAUUGCGGAAAAUAUAUCAAGUGUCAAAAAGGCAAAGCUACAGAAACGACUUGUCCAGCUGGCCUCGCAUUUAACCCCGUAAUCGCUUUAUGUGAUUUGCCAGCUAACGUUCCUUCCUGCAAUCCAGAUGAGGUACCUGCGCCUACAGCUUAUUGCCCUAGUCCAUAUGGUCACUUCCCAUCGCCUUCCACCGAUUGCAGAAAUUAUAUCAAUUGUCAAAAAGGCAAAGCUACAGAAAUGACUUGUCCAGCUGGCCUCGCAUUUAACCCCGUAACCGAUGUAUGUGAUUGGCCAGCUAACGUUCUUUCCUGCAAUCCAGAUGAUUUCCAUGGAGUCAUAUGUCCUGCACCAGAAAUUGAUGAAAACGGAAAACCUUCAGACUUCAUUUACAAAUUCAGACAAGGCAAAAGCUGCAAACGUUACAUCGCGUGUCAACAAGGGAAGCAACGUCUGCUCAGUUGUGAUGAUGGAUUCUCUUACGAUGAUGCUACCCAGAGUUGCAUUGACUCAGAUUUGGUCACAGAUUGCACAUAAAUAAAUACCGAUAUUAUGUUAACACUUAUUAAAAUACAUGAAAACAAUAUUA